CGACGACCCAUCCAUCUCAUGCCCUCACCUCACCUCAUUAUCCGUUCUCCCAGAUUUCCAGACCCCUCUCCCAAGAUAUCCACAUUAUCUAACCCAUAUCUACCAACUACAUUCUUCUAUUUCUACCUGCAUACUUGACCUACUUUUCUAACGUGCUUCUUACUUCUCUUGUCUGCUGCACCGACUGCAAGCUCAAGUUCUACUACUUGCUGCACAUUUCACUGCAACUGCAACUGCUUGCAAUUCUGCACUACCACUCCUACCACCAUACGACCCAUACGACCACUCGAACCAAAAAGGGACCCAACAGACUUAGACUUCUUACAGUCUUUUGUACCUCCAUUCUCCACUUCGGAUCAAGCCAUACAAUCCCUUCCUGCUGUUUGUCUCGCCCGAAUUACAUCGGAACCCAGACUCAACCCACUCAUACACCACCACCACUCUUGUCCCUCACAUAUCAACUGAGCAUCUCCCACCCAAUUCCUACCUCAAAAUAUUCAUAUCAAACAUUACCAUCCUCAUAAACAGUCACCUCUUUGUUAUUCUUGUCUUUUUCUUUGACAGAAAAACACAGCAAGUGAUUUGACUCUUCACUCAAUCAUCUCAUUGAUUAAUCCGCCCCAAACGAAAUUGUCUUUUUUCAUAUCCCCUCCCUACCCCGAUAAUUCAAGUUUUCGUGAUCGUUGACGAUCUAUCGAUAACAUUUAUCUUUUCUCACCGCCACUAUUUUAUCUAUUUCUACCCCAUCUCAUCCGAAAAUAACUUCGCUUCCCUCAAACCCACCCUCUUCCUUAACCACAUCACCAACCCACCCUCACAACAGACCACAGCAGGAACUUCUUUGCUAUGGCUGCCUUCCCAAUGCACAAUUACUACAGACAAUCGUCAUUAUCUGUCGAUACUCAACCCCAUAACUACUUUGAAGAGGACGAAGGAAGCAUUCUUGAUGAUAACAUCCUCGAUCACUCUGCAUUAGAUUCCGGCUUAGAAAUGUCUCCACCCAUGGAUAAUAGCAGGCGGGAAUCCUUUGCAGUAUCUUCGACAUUGUUCUCCCCCAAGGCUGAUGAAUGGCAACACGUCGACAUGCAACCAAUGGCAUCCAACAAUCCCUUUGUCGAGCACAACAGCAACAACCCAUUCAUGCGUAUCGAGGCUGCACAAAACGCAACAUAUGGACAUUCGAAUCACGGCUGGGGCAUGGGAAAUGGUUCGGGUAUGAGCACACCAAUGCAAGGUCAUGAUGGGCUUCCAUCUGAUUAUGAGGUCAAUGUUCCUAUCUUUCAACGUCCCGUGCAAACACCAUUCACAAAUCCUGGAAACCAUCAACUACCUCUCUUCUCCGCCAAUGGCUCAAGUCAUCCAUCUCCACAAAAGGACUGGUCCGUUUCAGAGAUGGAUCAUCGUAUUCCAAAGCGUAUGCGCCCACACAGCCCAACUCUUCGAUCGCAUCCUGAGAUGUCUAGAAGGGGUGAUGGUAUCCGAAAGAAGAAUGCCCGUUUCGAUAUUCCAGCCGAGAGAAAUCUCACCAACAUUGAUCAACUCAUCUCUCAAUCCACCGAUGAGCAGGAGAUUAAGGAGCUCAAGCAGCAAAAACGUUUGUUGAGAAACCGACAAGCAGCUCUUGACUCACGUCAACGAAAGAAGCAGCACACUGAGCGCCUUGAGGACGAGAAGAAGCACUACACUGCUUUGAUUAACGAUCUCGAGGAGGACUUGGCCGAAGCAAAACUUGCUUUGGAUGAGUGGGCUCGUAAAGAGCAACACUACCAACAAUACAUCGAGAGCUUGCAGAUGGAGAAGGAAGAGAUGGUGCGAACUCACACCCUCGAAACCGGCGACCUCCGCAAGAAAGUGAGCGUCCUCACAGAGCACAUGCAAAAGAUGGAAAGCACUGCCAUGUCAACUGUUCCCAGUUCGACUGGCUUCUCUGCCGACUACUCUGACAUUGAUGGUCUGAACAUGGAUGGCAAUUGGGACAACAUCUCCUUCCUUAAUGACUUUUCCAUGGAAAGUGAGAUUAAGGUUGAGAAUUCGAUGGUUUCCGCCAAGAAGGUCGACACUUCCCUUCUUAGCGAGCCAGAGAAGCCUGCUGCCCAAGGCCUCCUCUUGAUGUUGCUCCUUGUCGGUGCUUUUGUCGCCUCAAAGGGUUCUUCUCCUAGCAUUCCUAGAAUGUCGGAUGAUGUUCGUGCUGCAUCUGCAACACUUCUCGAAGACGUGUUCAAGGAUGCUGGCAUUCAACAAUCCGCUUCUGCUGUCUCUGGUGUUACAAACGCAAUUGCACCUCUCCCAUCUGGUUCCUGGUCGACUACUCAAAACCCUUCUUUGGGAGGCAACGAAAUGGUCGGCGUCACAUCAUCAACUCUUGGAGAUCUUGCCAACAGUCUUUCGCAACCAACAGAAGAACAAAACAACGAGCAACUCUUUUCAUUGUCUGCCGCACAAUACAAUGGGUUGACUUCGCAAGAUUUCCUCGACAAUUCUCCCGCUACAAGAUCAACAUCUCAAGGACGAAAGAAUCUCGGUGAAUCACUUGCUGCCAUGCGAUCGAAUUCCAAGAAAUCGGCCGCAGAGGUUUACACUCGAUCAUUAUUAUGGGAUCAAGUUCCAAGUGAGGUUGUCAGGAAUUUUGCUAAGUUGGUCUCGGAAUGUAAUUCCAGGAAUGGUCCAGAAGAGUGCGAUACCUCAUCGGUGUUAAACUUUUCCAAGUUUCAAACCUAAAUAUGUCAUCCAAAAAACCUCUACUUCGACA